GUUCGGUGGCGGCUACAUCGUGCAGUGCCGCGCGGGGCGGCGCUCGGCGCGCGCUGCGUGGCGCCGGCUGCGCGCGCGCGCCCCGCACGCGUCUCUGCGCGUGCUGCACCAGCACACGCUGCACGUGCUCAUACCUACACACGCCACGGUGGAUAACAAGGAUUUCGUAACAAAACUUAGCGACAUCUACCGGCUGAUGGCGGAGCUCCAAUCCACUUGUGAUAUUGAGGAUUAUACUGUCAACCAGAGUUCCCUCGAACAGAUGUUCCUAAGCUUCACUGAUAACGCUGAGGUAUCGGCAGACAAUGAAGUGGACUCCCUCCCAUCUCUACCUUCCCCCCUACUCGAAGCCGACAUCAGUCGAAACGAUGACUUAUAUACGGUCACUUCACUGUAG